CCCCAGAAUUCCCCCUAGGAAUGAAUACCCUGCAAAUAUGCUCCUCCCCUCGGGACUUCAUUCCUUCUGCGGCCUGGGCGAGCUUGGGCCUGGGGAGCGUCGGGCUGCUCGUCCACUGGCACACCGCAGUGCCGUUGGCAGCCCCGCCAGCAAAUCACCCAGUAGACAUGAUGAACAUCAAGGCCUUCACCUUGGUCUCUGUGGUGGAACGGGAGCUGCUAAUGGGAGACAAAGAGCAUGUCAGCAUCAAAUGUGUGGAGUGCUGCGGCAGAAACCUCUAUGUUGGCACCAAUGACUGCUUUAUCUACCACUUCCUGCUGGAGGAGAAGGUUCUGCCUACAGGGACAGCUACAUUCACUGCCACCAAACAGCUGCACAGAUACCUGGGCUUCAAGAAGCCUGUGAACGAGCUGUGUGCAGCCUCAGCCCUCAAUAGGUUGCUGGUGCUCUGUGACAACUCCAUAACUCUGGUCAACAUGCUGAACCUAGAGCCAGUCCCUUCAGGGGCCCGUAUCAAAGGGGCCACAGCAUUUGCACUGAAUGAGAACCCCGUGAAUGGGGACCCUUUUUGUGUGGAAGUGUGCAUCAUCUCUGUGAAGCGCAGGACCAUUCAGAUGUUUCUGGUGUAUGAGGACCGCGUACAGAUUGUCAAGGAAGUAUCCACUCCAGAGCAGCCUCUUGCUGUGGCUGUGGAUGGUCACUUCUUGUGCCUGGCCCUGACCACACAGUAUAUCAUCCUGAACUACAGCACAGGCCUCUCCCAAGACCUGUUUCCUUACUGUAGUGAGGAGAAGCAGCCCAUCGUCAAGCGGAUAGGCAGACAAGAGUUCCUACUGGCUGGUCCGGGAGGCCUGGGCAUGUUUGCUACUGUGGCAGGGAUUUCCCAGCGUGCUCCUGUGCAUUGGUCAGAGAAUGUGAUUGGGGCAGCUGUUAGCUUCCCGUAUGUCAUAGCACUUGAUGACGAAUUCAUUACGGUUCACAGCAUGUUGGAUCAGCAGCAGAAACAGACCCUACCCUUUAAGGAAGGUCACAUCCUACAGGACUUUGAAGGAAGAGUGAUUGUUGCCACAAGUAAAGGAGUUUACAUCUUGGUUCCAUUACCUCUGGAAAAACAAAUACAGGAUCUGUUAGCAAGCCGGAGAGUAGAAGAGGCUUUGGUCUUGGCCAAAGGAGCCAGGAGGAACAUUCCAAAAGAAAAAUUUCAGGUAAUGUACAGGAGGAUUCUGCAGCAGGCGGGCUUUAUACAGUUUGCACAACUUCAGUUCCUGGAAGCCAAAGAGCUCUUCAGAAGCAGCCAGCUGGACGUCCGGGAGCUGAUCUCUCUCUACCCCUUCCUGUUGCCCACCUCCUCUUCAUUCACCCGGUCUCACCCUCCUCUUCACGAGUACGCAGACUUGAACCAGCUGACCCAAGGUGACCAGGAGAAGAUGGCCAAGUGCAAGCGCUUCCUCAUGAGCUACCUGAAUGAAGUCCGCAGCACGGAGGUAGCGAAUGGCUACAAGGAAGACAUUGACACCGCCCUGCUCAAGCUGUAUGCGGAGGCCGACCAUGACAGCCUGUUAGACCUCCUGGUCACCGAGAACUUCUGCCUGCUGACGGACAGCGCUGCCUGGCUGGAGAAGUACAAAAAGUAUUUUGCACUUGGACUGCUCUAUCAUUACAAUAACCAAGAUGCUGCUGCGGUUCAGUUGUGGGUGAACAUUGUGAAUGGGGACAUCCAGGACUCCACACGCUCAGACCUGUAUGAAUACAUCAUUGACUUUCUUACCUACUGCUUAGACCAAGAGUUGGUGUGGACCUAUGCUGACUGGGCGUUGCAGAAAAGUGAGGAGAUUGGAGUUCAAGUUUUUACCAAGAGACCUUUGGACGAGCAGAAGACUAGUUUUAACCCAGAUGAUAUUAUCAGUUGCCUUAAAAAAUACCCUAAAGCCCUGGUUAAAUAUCUGGAACAUCUUGUUAUUGACAGGAAACUGCAGAAAGAAGAGUACCACACCCACCUGGCUGUGCUCUACCUGGAAGAGGUGCUGCAGCAGAGGGCGCCCACCAACCAUAAGGAUACAGAAGCCACUGAGACACAGACCAAACUCCGCAGCCUGCUCCAGAAGUCUGACUUGUACCGAGUCCACUUGUUGUUAGAGAAGAUCCAGGGAGCUGGCCUGCCCAUGGAGAGCGCCAUCCUCCAUGGCAAGCUAGGGGAGCAUGAGAAGGCCCUGCACAUCCUGGUUCACGAGCUGGGGGACUUCUCUGCUGCUGAGGACUACUGCCUGUGGGGAUCCGAGGGUCAGGGUGCACCCUGCCGCCAGCACCUUUUCCACACGUUGCUCGCCAUGUACCUCCAUGCCGGCCCCUCUGCUCAUGAGCUGACCGUGGCUGCUGUGGACUUGCUGAACCAUCACACCAGGGAGUUUGACGCCACCCAGGUCCUACAGCUGCUGCCUGACACCUGGUCAGUGCAACUUCUCUGCCCGUUCCUCACAGGGGCCAUGAGGGACAGCAUCCAUGCUAGGAGGACCACACAGGUGGCUCUUGGCCUGGCCAGGUCAGAAAACCUGGUCUACAUGUAUGAUAAGAUAAAGCUGAAGGGAAGCUCAGUUCAUCUCUCAGAAAAGAAGCUUUGCCAGCUCUGCCAGAACCCUUUCGGUGAACCUGUGUUUGUCAGAUACCCAAACGGAGGGCUUGUACAUACCCACUGUGCCUCCAGCAGACACGUGACACCCAGCUCACCCAGCCCUGGCACCCGGACUUGAAAAGCACAGCUCCAGGGUGCUAAGGGGAUUUGGAAUUCUUUUCCAAGCCUGCUUUGUGCCAGCCAGGACAAAGGGGAGGCAUCUGGAUGCUAAGGAGGUGCCAUCCCUAGAAACAAGGGCAUCUCACAGCUGACUGCUCUUUGUGUGAAUGUAAAUGGAAAAGGUCUGAAGAUUCCAAGGACAGUAGAGACAGGAAUCUACCUGUCCAGUUAACUGUCAUCUAAAGCACAAACCAACUUGGAAAGGAUGUUGUCUGAACAACCCAGACACAGGUGGGAACUCUACCUACCCCACCUUCAGACUGUGUACACUGGACAGGUGCUGCUCCAUGGGUCUGGAGAUGGGACCCAUCUGGCUCAAGCAAGUGUCCAGGGUGCAGAGCUCUGAGGAGGUGCGUUCGUCAUCCACACAGGUUCACCGUUUGUCCCUAAAGCAGACAGUUUUUGUUCCUUCUUCCCAUCCAGCUGUCAACCUCUGAAACCUUCUACCUGUUUACCUAAGCACUUACUUUGGGGUAAAGUCCUGGGCUGCCUAGUAGAUGGAGAUCCACUUAGAAACUUAAAGCUUGAAGCAGGGGGCCAGCAAGAUGGUUCACUUGCCACUAAACCUGAUGACCUGAGUUCAGUCUCUGGGAUCCACAUGUAGAAGGAAAGAAACAACUCCCACAAGUUGUCCUCUCACACACACACACACACACACACACACACACACACACACAUACAUACAUGCUCAUACACAUACACAAAUAUUUUUUAGAAAGAAGAGAAGAAGGAAAAAAGAGCUCUAUGUGGGAAUCUACUUUGCCCAUCCUGAAGACUGCAACAGGAAGGAUGACCUGGGCUGGUGAGGCUGGGGGCUGUUCCUGUCCACCCAU